AAGGGAUGUUUAUGUUAUAUUGUGUCUAACCCCAUAGGUGAAAAAACUUCAGAUGAUGUUGAGGCAGGCCAACGAUCAGCUAGAAAAAGCAAUACAAGAGAAACAGGAGCUGGAGGAAUUUAUGAAACAAAGUAGUGAAGACUCAGUAAAUCAGAUCUCAUCACUUACUGCUAGAGUUCAGGAAUCUGAUGCCUUACUUAGUGAAUUACAGCAGGCAUUUUGUCAAGCUAAAAGAAAUGUCCAAGAUCAAAUGGCUGUCCUGAUGCAGUCACGAGAGCUUGUUUCAGAGGAAUUGGAGAGGCUCCAGAAAGACAACGAAAGCCUUCAAGGGAAACAUUGUCUGCAUGUGUCUUUACAACAAGCUGAGGAUUUUAUCCUUCCAGAAACUGGAGAGGAACUCCGCGAACUGGUCCUCAAGUAUCGUGAAGACAUUAUUAGUGUACGAACUGCGGCCGAUCAUCUGGAAGAAAAACUGAAGGCAGAAAUUUUGUUUUUAAAAGAACAGAUUCAAGCUGAACAAUGUUUAAAAGAGAACAUAGAAGAGACUCUGCAGCUAGAAAUAGAGAAUUGCAAAGAGGAAAUAGCUGCUGCAUCCAGUCUAAAAACAGAAUUGGAGCAAAUAAGAGUUGAUAAAGGGCAGUUGGAAUCCUCCUUGAAAGAAAAGAUGCAGCAGUUAGAAAAUUUUGAGGAAAGGGAAAAUGUUCUCGAAGAACAGCUGAAGAAGGAAGUUGCCACAAAGGCUAACUUAGAACACAUGAUGUUCGAGGAGAAAAACAAAGCUCAACGGCUUCAGACAGAAUUGGAUGUCAGUGAGCAAGUACAGAGAGACUUUGUUAAGCUUUCUCAGACCCUUCAGGUCCAGUUGGAACGGAUCCGGCAGGCAGAUUCCCUGGAGAGAAUUCGUGCAAUCCUCAAUGAUACAAAACUGACUGACAUUAAUCAGCUACCAGAAACAUGACAACCUCAGUGGUAGAGCUGCAAAGCUACAUUUUGGUUUUUUUUUUUAAACCUCCCUCUUUAUAGCGAAACCUUUAAUAAUUAUUUAAUUCUAACUUAAAGAGCAGAUGAUGACACAAGAGCCACGGUCCAGGUUGUGUUUCUGGGUGGGAGAGGAAGGUUUUCUGGGCGGGAAGAAAGUUUCACACUGAGAUGAAUUGCAGGACCCUCCAGGGUAUCUGCCUUCAGUGUAGUUGGACUUUUCCAUAUAACUCAUCUACCUUCAUCCUCUUGCGCCCCCCCCCCAUGAUUCUGGAAUACGGCAUUCCCUCCCUCCCUCUCAUCCAUACCCUGUUAAAAUACUGUGAUGAAAGUAGUUGCUGGAAAUUGUCUCCUCCCAUCCCACCCCAAAUCUUUUGGAGUGAAGUUACAAUAGCAAGUUGGGCAGAAGGGGAAAAUAGUAUAUUGUAUUAAUAUUUUAUAUUAAAAUAUGAAUUUAUUUGCAGGACACUGGAUUUGGGGUUUUUCUAGCUCAGUACAUUUUUUGUACCUUGAAUGUUGUGCUGGAAGAGCCCUAACUAAAAACAUGUACAGAAUACAGGCAGAAGGGGAUUAGAGAAGGCUGCAAAUUUUCAAAAAAGAACUUAAGGCACAGGGGAAAAAUGGAUAAUUAGAAUGUGGAAAUAAGUCACCUAAAUUCUUGAGACACAAAGGUCAGGGAAGUGAAGGUUAAUCUUCAUACAAAGAAAAGGAAGUGAAAAUAAAUUGCUUUUAUAUCUCUCAUUACUCAUUACUCCCCCCCCCCAAAAAAAAAGCUGCAUUGCACAAUAUCAACAUAUGGCUGGAUCCAGCGUUACACUUUUCUCACUGAAAUAUGUGACCUUGAGUUAGUUGCAUUUAUCAAUACACAUUUGAUUACCAUGGCGUAAAAAAAAUUAAGCCGUAUCAUACCUAUAGUACAGAGGGGUUUUGUGAAUCUUUACAGAUUCUACAAGACCUUUUGCUUUGAAUGUAUUUGUUUAAAGAUUGGGGUUUAAAAUUAUACAUUUAAGAUAAUGCUGCAACACAUCAGAUAGGAAAUGUUUGUGAAGCUGCAGUUAUGUUUAUGCUUGGACUGAAUGCUUCCCUUGAAAAGCCAGCACUCGUGAUAUAGGUCUGGAAAACCUUGUUCUGGACUUGCAAUCAGAACAUGCAAGAUGCAUUAAACUCCAUUAUGGAAAGAUCCCAGCAGAACCCAAAUGCAACUGAUUUGCUGUGAUCCAACUCUUGAGGGGAAAGGAAGAUGCUUCUCUAAACUUAAAAUGGAGCUUUUAAAAUAAUUAAAAUUUAAAUUAUUUUUUUUUCCAGUCAGGCGGCUGCAUGAUUGCUUGGGUUCCAAUAAGAGCUUAUAAGCUCCUAGGAAUUGUUUUAAAUAGGAUGAGUGUAAAGUAGUUAAAAUAUGUUUAAUCUGUAUUUCUAUUGAAUUUUUAUUCUUGUGGUCAAGCAGUUGAACAAAUCAAUGUUGAACUGGGCUAAUGGAGUUGCAAGCAACUGUUCUUUCCCAAUUCUUCCACACCUGUCAAGAGAGCAACUAUCAAUUAUGACAUUCAUUUUCUAAAGACCAGAAUCAGUCUAAUUUAAUCAUGUUUAUUAUGACCUGGUUCUUGAACAAGCAAGUAUUGAUCCAAUAGCUAGUUCGUAUAUUGGUGUAAAUAAAUGAGCAGCUUGAGUACUUCCCCAUUGUUGAAAAAAAAGCUAUCGUUCUAUUUUACUUUUUGGGUGGGCAAGGACCAUCAACUGAAUUUAUCUGUUUCAGGUUUUCUGGGUAGUAAUCGAGGUGAGGAGGAAGAGAGGGGGCAACUUGAUUCCCUGUAAGUUCUAAUUAUGUAACUGGUACAAAAUCAAAAAACAUUUGCUGAAAUCCAGUCUGUUUCAAUCUGCUGGUUAGAAAAAAACUGUUAAAAACAUUACAGUGACAAAAAAAAAGUGGACUUAGGCCUAGAAAUGAAGAACUUGCUCUAAUGAAGUGCAUCAGCAUGUUUCUUUGCAUCUUUAAUAUGGUAUUAGAAAUGGAUUUACCCUUCUUCCCUAAUCCUGCUGAUGCAAUUGGUACAUCAUUAAAUUUCAGCAACGAUGGCUUUCCUUUUAGGAAAGCAGCAUUUUCAAAGACCCCUGUCAAAUAUGGUCAAGCUCAUCUAAGCCUUUGUAUUAAAUUGGCUAAAAACCACAUGUGUUAAUUGGGGAGGCAAUGCUAUGAUCUCUAAAGUGGUGAGAUUAGCUAUGAUACACAUAAAGAAUGAUACCAUAAAUUGGAUGCAUAAUAUUCUAUUUAGCAUAGUGAACAAGUACUGUUCUGCUAUUCGUCCUGAAGCCUGGAAGUAUUUCAGAAUCAUUAGGGAAAGAAAUAAUCAAACUAACAUGGAAGGAAACGCAGGGAAAAUAGAUCUGUAGUACUACAUUUAAAAUUUAUACAUAUAAUUAAAUAUUGACAAUACUAUAAAUCCACAAGUCUACAAACCCGAGAAGAAUAAUAUGCUGCUAGUUCACACAAUUUUUAAAAAGAGAAAAUUUGUUUUAAUGGCAGGAAAUGCUAAUUUCAAAAUUGAUCUUGAAAAUGAAUUGCUUUCAUAAUUAACUUUUUUUUAAAAAAGGCUGUAUGGAUCUGACUUUUUUAAUGUAAAGGAGUAAUUUAUACCAUUAGCUUUCAGUCUCAUUCAAAGGCUUAGCUACUACAAAUAGGUAUAACACUGUGACAUGUACUGAUUUAAACAGGGAUUGUGUGCAAAAUGAGUAAAGAACAGUAAGGCUGGCUUUGUUCUGUAUACUUGUACAGUCUUUUUGUAUGCAAAAUAUAUACAAAAAGGUCACAGAAUUACUGGAAGACUUGUACAAUCUUAAUAUGUGCACAAUAGGUUCUUCCAACAUGUCAAAUGGUUUCCUUUCACUUUUGAAUCUCCUAUGGCUAUACAGCUUCUAACAACACAGUGUGGCCAAGGAUAAGGGUGGGAGAUGGGUAAAUAAUCUACAAAGCCCCCUUUAAAAAAAAACUAGCCUUCAAAUUCCACAAUUUUGGAAUUAUAUUGCAUUCCAGCAAAAGCCACUGGUGUCCUGUGAAACUGUGGAUGUAAAAUUAUCCUGUCUAUUGAAUUAAAAAAUGUAACCAUUUGUUAACUGUAUUGGAGGUGUAUACUGCAAAAGUGUUCCAAAUUAAAGGAGGAAAGUCUUGCAA